GUUCUGUGGUUGCUCCUGUUUUGUAUGUGAAUGCUGAAUGUUGACAUUCAACAUGGCGGCAUGUCGUCAGUGCUGUGCUGUGUCGUGCUUGUGUAAUUGUUAGUUUAGGACAUUUUUGAAACCAAGGCUCACUGUAAAUUUCACAAUUAAAUGCUGAAGAAAGAAACGCUAAUAUAGAAAUAUCGGAACAACACAAUCACACUCAGCACGCAUUGAAGACAUCUGAGGAUUUUCAAGUCAACAUUUAUCCUUUAAAUCUCCUAUGUUUUUUUAUUUACUCCUUUUAUAAAGGAUGACUGCUGUUUGAAAGGAAACACGGUUAUUCUAACAUAUGCUAAAUUGAGUAAAUAUCAAACAGUUGUUAUAACACUCGUGCAUACAUAUGUGGAAAGUAUCAAUGGUCUAUGAUGUGCUAAGAAUUUUGUACUUGUAUUAAUUCGUAAACCAACAUUAACUAUAUUGUUCAUUUAUAUAUUGUGUACACAAGCUUUGUGAGAAAGAGUUAGGUAAGCCAUAAAGUGACCGUAAUUGUGAUUGCGGCUGAGAUUGUGCUGCUUUUGGUUAAUAAAACACUUGUAUUUAUAUUUAAAAAGAGUGCCAAUAUCGCACAGAGUUGUCGAGGUACUCGCAGAUAAAUAAUUUAUGAUAUACGUCAAAAUACGUUCAAAUCCUUCCUUCCACUUCUUGGUCACAAAGGAGCCUGCAUUUGUGCAGCAUUUUAAAGAGCCUCUCUUCCUCUGUAUUAAGUUCUUGUAACAUUAUAAUAGUGAACAAAGAUAUAAGGUACCAAGAACCGUUCUGUGAUAUCUAUGUUAACACUUAAAUAAUUGAAAAGACUAAAAAUUUCUAAAUAUAAGUAUAUAUAUAUUGUGGUGAAACGGAAGUGAACAUAAAAAAGAAAUUAAGUAAUUGUUUCAAGAAAAGAGGAAUUCUUAUAUGUGAAGAUUAUACUUAAAGUUGUGCGAAUUUGAAACAAUGUCCAACAAUCCUCAGUGGAAAACGUUCCAGCCGCCAAUCAUGAACUCUGACCCUGCAAUACUUGAUUAUAAGUCUGUGGCUAUACCUAGUCCCAAAGUUAUAAUGGGAUCGCAUCAAACAGCAACUAAUAUCUACAGAAAUGGUACCAACUAUGGUAGUGACCAUUAUAUGACGGAUUCGACUAAUACGCAAAAAUCGCGUAAAGAACUUUCUAGUUUUCCUUUCGGAACAUUUACCGGAAUGGAAGGAAAUGCUGGUUAUACAGAAGACCCAUCAACAAAUAAUUCCACUUAUCAAGAUCAAUCUGCUAACCAAGGACCACGAGAAACAGGAAUAAUUGAAAAAUUAUUACAUUCUUAUGGUUUUAUACAGUNUACAUUUGUCAUGUAA